UUCAAAAUACAGUAUAUUAUACUAGACCGGUAUAGUUGCUGCAACUCCAAUAUAAUAUGCUGGAGUUCAAGCACCAUUUCUAAAUCUUAAGUAGCUAAAAAUAGCACCAUAUAGCCAGUUCUAAAUAGCACCGUAUAGCACGGUAUUUCGAACAACCAGUUCUAAAUCUGUCUAAUUUUGAAUUUCUCCCUAGAUUGUAAUAAUGUGGUUGAUUCUAUAAUUUUCUUGCAGAACCUCACUUUUCACAUUGCAUAGCAUUUAAUGGCAUAUCUAGCCAGUGCUGUUAAAAUCGAUCAGUUCAUCUUCUAAAGAGGGUCCAAAGCAAGUGGUUUUCCUUCGAACAAAGAUGCCCAAAGUGAUCCAUUGAUCAUAACGUGGUAGAUUGUUUGAAUUUCAACUUUGAGAAGUUGGAUUAAUAUCUUGAACUUAGGGAAGGAUCCACAAGGUGGAUAUAAUUUCACAGCUGCAGGAGCAAGUAAAUACCAUUGCAGCUCUUGCUUUCAAUACCUUUGGUACCCUUCAGAGGGAUGCCCCUCCUGUUCGUCUGUCACCUAAUUAUCCGGAACCGCCUCCUGCUAAUCCUACAGAGGAUGCAGCCAAUGUUGCAGAACAACCAAAGUAAAUGAGUGCUGCUUUUGUUAAGGCUGCCAAGCAGUUUGAUGCAUUGGUUGCUGCUCUUCCUUUAUCAGAUGGGUGUGAAGAAGCCCAAUUGAAAAGAAUUGCAGAACUCCAGGCUGAGAGCGAUGUAGUUGGCCAAGAACUUCAAAAGCAACUGGAAGCUGCAGAAAAGGAGCUAAAGCAGGUUCAGGAGUUGUUUAAUCAAGCAACGGAUAACUGCCUGAACCUUAAGAAGCCAGAAUGAAUUAAGCUACUAGUACAUAUUUCAUUUUCGAUGGAACUAAUCAGACAGUAUUUGCUUAAGGAGGCCCUCUUCCUGGAAUAUGCCUUGGAGGAACAACAAAUCGCCUGCACCAGGCUUCUUAUGGGUGCAUUUACUAACUGGUCAAAUAUAAACUGGCUGUGUUCUGGCAUUACCAUUUGAAGUUCUUGGCCGCUGCAGAAAAGAAUUCAGCAUUCCAUGUGUACCUGCUGCAAAUCUUUGUUUAUUCGUAAUGGAAAGGCUAGGAAUGAUGUGUUUUAAAAGCAAAUUCAGCCUUCAUUUGUCUCCUCACAUGCAUUUCCUAUUCCUUCUAUCUAACCAUAACACUGGCGUCUUCUACGAGACAAGCACGAUUUGGAAAGUUGGUUAAUAUGGUUCUCUGCUCCAAUAGUUUUAUGUAGUCAAUAGAAUUGCAAUUACUGGAUGUGUAUUUUCUUAAACAUAUAAGCCAAAACAAGGGAAGGAGUACAAAUAGAACCCAUUUUCCCAAA